CCUACAACAACAUACCAACACUAUUAGCCUUUCUAUGGCAUUAAGUAAUUAAUCCCCACCCAUUUUCUCUGCACCUUCGCUCUUCCCCGUCUCCAUGGUCAUGCACAAACUCCAUAUAUAAUAAACCCCUUCUCUUUCUUCUCUCCAACUUCAGCCUCAACACGCAAAACCCUUAUUUCUAAUCAGUCAAGGGGAGUACCCUUCUGUUUGUUCAUGGAGUUAUUUGCCAAAACCAAGGCAGUCAAGCUUCGCAGUCAUCUUGAUAAGUACCUGAUCGCCGAUGACGAUGGGGAAACUGUUCGUCAGAGUAGAAAUGGCUCGUCUCGUAAAGCCAGAUGGCUUGUGGAGCUCGUCGAAGGGAAGCAAAAUGUUGUCCGUCUCAAAACCUAUAAUGGCAGAUAUCUUACUGCCUCUGAUUUGCACUUUCUUUUAGGUAUGACAGGGAAGAGGGUAAUUCAAACUCUUCCUGAAAAGAUUAGCGACUUGAAUCUCGAGUGGGAGCCUAUAAGAGAUGGGUUUCAGGUGAAAUUGAGGAGCUGGUGUGGGAAGUUCUUGCGUGGAAACGGAGGGACGCCACCGUGGAGGAACUCGGUUACUCACGAUGAGCCUCACACCGGUUCAACAGUGAGGUGGAUUCUGUGGGAUGUAGAGGCAGUUGACGCAGGUGAAACGGAGUCGUUGGCGGAGUAUUUGUCGUCCAUGUCGAGUUUUUCUUCGGUUCCUGGUGACGUUCUUGAAGCUGCUUCCGAUGAGUAUUUGGGUUCAGAGCCUGGUUCACCGAUUUCAGUUGUAUCAUCGGUAAGGACUCCGAGGUUGACCGUCAUCAAGUCCAUGUCUCCAAGGUUGUCUCCAAAGAAGUCCAUUUCUAAUCCCUUCCGGUCAGCUAUGGAGUUCUUCCACAACGCCAAGGCCGUGCGUCUCCGUAGUCACCACGAAAAGUACCUCCACGCUGAGGAAGAUGAGGAUUACGUCUGCCAAGAUCGAAACGGAUCUUCCAAGCAAGCUAGAUGGACUGUCGAGUUCGUCCCCGGAGCCGACAACUUAAUCCGCCUUAAGUCUUGCCAUGGGAAGUACCUCACCGCAUCUAACCAGCCUUUUCUUCUCGGCAUGACCGGUUGCAAGGUCCUCCAGACUUUGCCCAGAAGGCUUGAUUCCUCCGUCGAGUGGGAGCCCAUCAGGGAAGGAAAUCUGGUUAAGCUCAGGACGCGGUAUGGGAACUUCUUGAGAGCUAACGGGGGACUCCCGCCUUGGAGAAAUUCGGUGACUCAUGAUAUUCCUCAUAGGACUGCUACUCAGGAUUGGAUUCUUUGGCAUGUUGAUAUUGUCGAGAUUCAAGUCAGGUCUUCGCGUCAAGAAGGUUCAGAGCCACAACCCAUCUCUCAUUUAGAUUCUUUGGAUUUAGAUUCCAGUUCGCCUUCUUCCGUCUCCAUCAAAUCUGGCAGUUUUUCAAGACAAGAGUCGACUGAAUCUAAUAGGAGUUCGCCUCCUAAAUCUGAGGGAAGAACUAUAUACUACCACGUGGCUGAUGAGAGUGGGAAUGUCGAUUGUGAUAUUGUGGAGGCUUCCUCGUUGAAUUUUAAGGGAAAUGAUUUUCAUGGAUUGACUCAGAAAUUAAGGGAAGAGACGGGUCUUCAGGAUAUUAUUGUUUGUUCUCGUAGUCCUUUGAAUGGAAAGCUUUACCCCCUUCGGUUGCAGCUUCCUCCAAACAAUGCCGAUAUGCAUGUUAUUGUAAUUGAGUCUUCAUCUAAACUGGCCAGAGGAUUUUGAGAGCCAGGAGUCAAAUUAUGAGAUACAAUGGAUGGAUAUCACAGUUUUGUUAUCUUCUCACGACGGCAUAUUUUCUGUACAUUCUAUUCCCUCCCCUUGUGCAUCUAGUUGAAAGCACGAUGAAAUGGAUCUAUCUUUCCAACCAUGGUCGUCAGACAAUAAUAAGUUAGACUAUCUUGUGGAACUCUAAGCUAUCUGCUAAGUGUUGUCGCAACUGCGGAUGGUCAAUGUGGUGCUGAUGCGUCUCCCCCCAUCGAUAAUACUAUGCAAUAUUUGGUCUACUCGGAACAUAACUAUAGCAUAAUUUCUUCACAGAUUUGUUGCACCAGAUUGCGUGUGAAAAAAUGUAUGGUUUUGAUAGUUUGCUGUGACCAGGUCCCAAGUGUUUUUUAGGUCUUUUCAGGGCUUGUGCAACUGAUUCUGCCUGUGAAACAGUCUCAUGGGUUUAUAAAUAAACAACCUCUUUUUUCUUUUUAUAAUAGGAUGUUAGGAUAUCUCUUGCUACUUUGUACGGUUUACCAAUGAGUUAAAUCAGUUUGAGCCUA